UCCAUCCCGGAACGCACCCGGCGCAGCGGCCGGCGUCUCAACAGUCCUGGCCGGAGCCCUUUUCCCGGCCGGCCUUGGAAACCUCGGGCGGCGCGGGGGCGGAGAGCAGCGCCUUCCCAGCCGCGGAGGCCCGGCAGGAGGAGGCGGCGGAGGCGGAGGCGGGCGGCCAGGCAAGCGGGCGCUGGUCCCGGGCGCGGCCAAUCGGCGGCUGCGGCACAAGCGGCAGCGCCUCACCUGCCCGCCGUGCGCUCCGUCGGCCCCGGCCGCUGUGCUGGGAGCCUGGCAGUCGUCCUGGGCAGCUGGGGAAGCCUCGGCGCUGCUGCUGCUGCUGCUGCUUCGCCCCCUGCCCCAGCGCCGCACCUGCCUCGCCCCGCCCGCCCUGCCGCUGGCUCUGCCUCCCACCUGGGCGCACCUGGGAGGCCGAGACGGGGCGCCCGCAUGGAGCCCGUCCGGCUCCCCGACGAAGCCGCCUUCCGCGCCUUCCAGGCGGAGUGCGAAACGGAGCUGGGCUGGCUCAGCCGCUACAACCGGGAGGGCAUCGCCGUCUGGGGGCAGCUGCCUCCCCAGGGGGAUUUCGCCGUGCACCGCGUCAAGGGCCGUGUGAACAUGCCAGACGUAUCAGCCGAGACCGUAUUUGAUGUCCUCCAUGACACCGAAUACCGGAAGAAGUGGGACUUGAAUGUUAUAGAGACCCACGAGAUCGCCCGGCUCUCUGACAACGCUGAUGUGGGCUACUAUUCUUGGAAGUGCCCCAAACCUUUAAAGAACAGAGAUGUGGUCACCCUGAGGUCCUGGCGAGUCUUGGAUAAGUCAUAUGUAAUCCUCAAUUUCUCCGUCAAGCACCAGAAAUACCCUCCCCGCAAGGACCUCGUCAGAGCUGUGUCACUCUUAGCUGGAUACCUGGUGCAACCAACGGGACCUAGCAGCUGCUGCUUGACUUAUUUGGCUCAGGUAGACCCAAAAGGAUCCCUGCCUAAGUGGGUUGUGAAUAAAUCUUCUCAGUACCUGGCACCAAAGCUUAUGAAGAAAAUGUACAAAGCUUGUCUGAAGUAUCCUUCCUGGAAGCAGCAACACAACGCAGGCAAAAAACCGUGGUUGCAUCCCGAGCAGAGCCUUCUCCCCACAAUGCCCCUGUCCGAACUGUCCCUCCAACAUGCCUCCUCGCUGGAGAACAUCGACGAGAGCAGUUUAGUGGAAGCCAAGGAAGAGAAGGGAGACAUCAGCGGUUCAGAGAAUUGAUGCCAAUUUGACUUUUGCUCACUUUUGAGACUAGCACUCGCCGGCCAGCUGGCUUACCCAGUUGGUUUUACAAUAAAGGAUACCAAAAAAAAAAAAAAAA